AUGAUAUAUCAAGAAUGUGCACAAUUAGAAGCUGGUGUUACUUUUUUUAUUCCUGGUGUAGGUGAACAAAAUAUUCAAUUUUUUAUUAUUGCAUCAUGUACAGAUAAACCAGCUCAAUCGUUAUUAACUAAUAUGGUCUCCCACAAUGCUAAUUAUAGCUGUGCAAAAUGCUUUACUGAAGCUCCGUGCCCUUUAACAAAAUUAAAAUAUUAUUCUUUUGGUGAAUCAAUACUCUUUGAUUCAUUGCAUACAUUAUAUUUAGGUGUAUUUAAAAAAUUUUGUUCGUUGAUUUUUUCUAAAUCCAAAACUGAUCGUCAACAAAAAUGGUCGCUUUAUAAUAAAAUAAAUAGUAUUGAUCAAGGGUUAUCUUCUGUUAAAAUUCCAACUACUACAAGUCGAAGAUUUCGAACAAUAAAACAUAUUGCACGUUUCAAGGCGAACGAAUUCAGAUCCUUAAUGCAUCACGGUUCAACAGUAUUGUUACAAGCAAAGUUACCAAAAUAUCGUCGACAUUUUGCAUUGUUAUUAGCUGCUGUUAACAUUGCUUCUAAAGAUAUUAUUGACAAUUAUGAUAUAAUUUUAGUCAAAGAAUUCUUACAUCAAUAUGUAAAAGAUUGGCAAAAGAUAUUUGGUCUUCGUCAUAUGUCAUCCAAAAUACAUUCACUUUUACAUAUUCAUGAAUCAAUACAAUUUCUAGGUCCUUUAUAUAUGUAUAGUGCUUUUAAUUUUGAAGUUAUUCCUUUAUCAAAAUGUGCCAAAGUGACUGCCUCUAAUUUCUGCCCGGUGGGCUAUGGCUCGCCUAUGUAUCAAGGAAAUUAUCUUGUUGAUCGACAAGCAAAUGGUCUUGGAUUUAACUCGGGUGGUUUUGCUCCUCAAUAUAUUCAGUUAGAACUUCCUCAAGAGAGUCGUAUUUGUGAUGUGUGUCUACAAGUUAAUCAAUAUCCCGAUGGUUUAACAAGUCAUCAACUGUUCGUCGGUUCUGACUUGAACUCCAUAUAA